UUGGCCUUGGCUGUAAUGGGCGGGUCGGUGUCUCCCCUCGGUCGGGCCAAUAAAAUCAGAGUGGCCGUCUGCUGUGGCUUACAUAACCGGACUGCAGUCAGCGCAGCUUCGCCUUCCACUCAGCGGGUGUACCUCUUCACAAUGGCAGCUCCGAAGAAAGUCUGCAUCGUGGGCUCUGGAAACUGGGGCUCUGCUAUUGCCAAGAUCGUGGGUGCCAAUGCUGCUCAGAAUUCAAAAUUUGACAGCACCGUAAAGAUGUGGGUGUUUGAGGAGAUGGUGAACGGACGCAAGCUCACUGAAAUAAUCAACACUGACCAUGAAAAUGUGAAGUAUCUUCCCGGACACAAGCUGCCAGCUAAUGUGGUGGCGGUGCCGGAUCUGGUGGAGGCGUCCAGCGAUGCGGAUAUUUUAGUGUUUGUGAUUCCACACCAGUUUAUCGGGAGAGCGUGUGACACCAUUAAGGGCAAAAUAAAGAGCGACGCACUGGGAAUGUCUCUUAUCAAGGGGGUUGACGAGGGGCCAGAUGGACUCAAACUCAUCUCCGAUGUGAUCCAGGAGAAGCUCGGUAUCACCAUGAGUGUGCUGAUGGGCGCCAACAUUGCAAAUGAGGUUGCUGAUGAGAAGUUUUGUGAGACCACAAUCGGCUGUAAGAAUAAAAACCACGGAGCUCUGCUGAAGGAACUCAUGCAGACUGACAACUUCAGGGUCACUGUAGUGGAGGAGUACGAUGUGGUGGAAAUAUGUGGAGCCCUGAAGAACAUCGUUGCUGUCGGUGCAGGUUUCUGUGACGGUCUGGGCUUUGGGGACAACACCAAGGCGGCAGUGAUCAGGCUGGGCCUGAUGGAGAUGAUCGCCUUCGCCCGCAUUUUCUGCACCGCCGGGCCCGUGUCCUCUGCAACCUUCCUGGAGAGCUGCGGCGUGGCCGACCUCAUCACCACCUGCUACGGUGGACGCAACCGCAAAGUGGCUGAAGCUUUUGUGAAGACGGGGAAGUCCAUCGAGGAACUGGAGAAAGAGAUGCUAAAUGGUCAGAAGCUGCAGGGACCCGCCACAGCAGCUGAGGUCUACCUCAUACUGAAGCACAAAAACCUGAUCGACAAGUUCCCACUGUUCAAUGCAGUGUAUCAGAUCUGCUUCCAGGGCCACCCAGUCACCGAGUUCAUAAGCUGUUUGCAGAACCACCCAGAGCACAUGUAGGGAGGGGAGGGGGGUUGACAGAGUGCCUGCUUAAUGGAGAACAUGACCACAUUUCUGCCACUUGUCAGAAAUGGAUGGAGGAUGACGAGUCACUCCACAGCUGUCAUGCGACUAAACGGCUCCGACCUGUGAAUCCAUUUACACUUUGUCCUUAACGUUCGGUUUCUGACAUGUAUAUUUUUUAAGUGCUUUCUUUAAUUUACGGCGUGUACUAAAAAACUUGAAGAGAACUGCUGGGAGUUUUUUCUCCCCCCGUGUGAUGAUCCGAUUGCUCUUUUCGCUUCGGAUUUUUAGAAAUCAAAAUGCAACGCGUCAGUUUUUGAAUUGCGACACUAAUAGACAGAUAUCCUGACUAACACAGCUCGGUUUGCACUUGAGAAAAUGUGACAUGAACUGCCAGUCGUACAAUGUUUAGACGGUCCUGAAUAAUGCCCCCAGAUUGCCACGGGGCCGAGCACUCAGGGCAGAGAGCUUCUGUAGGGACUGAUCCAACUCUAACACUGAUGUUGCCGUCCAGUGAACGCCUGUUCAUCGCAAAUCAUUUACUUGUAGAUGUGAUACCUCACCUCGUCAUGUCUUUGUAUGCUUUAAGUGUCUUACAUAAUUCACUGACAUUUCUCGUCUUGUACUGUAUAUCAACUGUCAAUGGCAUAGCAACUGUUUUUAACAUAAAAAAAUAAUGUGCCUUAAGAUGCACGGUUGCUAUGUUUUGGCCUGUUUUUUUUUUUUCUUCCCCUUUUGUAAACCCAAUGCUUUAAAAAAGGAUUUAAAUUUAAACCGAUACCAUUACAUCUCACAUUGUGGCUAUAUGGCAGGUUUGUACCUAUGUGACAGAGAUUUGGGGGAAGUGAGGAGUCGCAAAACACGUCUAGCACAAAAAGUUUUUUUUUUCAUGACGCUGCAGAUCCUUAACUUGAGGAAAAGGCCGUUUUUCAGUGUCUACUUUCUGUAAACAUUUAAAAUGAACUCAUUUGACCUGCUAGAAGUUGUUUUGUGGGACUGAAUCUCUGGAACAGAGGAGGUGGAGAGUGAAGUUGACCCAUGUAGUCACACUUCAGGUAAAUUAUGAGAGGUUUAAAUAAACUGGAACGAUCCUUUUAACUAAACAUCCAUCCACUAUUUGUUGUUGUGAUACCGUCUGAUUCAGUUUUCAUUCAGUUACAUGUAAUAUGUGUUGGAAAUGAUCCAAACAUUUGCCUGAAUAAAUUAAUUCUGGUGUCAAA